ACUAACAAAGCUCAUCAGUUGCCCAUGUGAAACAAUUGUCCCUCUCUCUCUCUCUCUCUCUCUCUCUAGGCCUCUGCCUCUCCCUCUUUCUGGGCAUCAGCUGGUGCAGAUCUGGAUUGAGGUCGAAGUCUGCAUCGAGGGGAACCAUGGAGUCUCUCUCUAAGCUCAGUGGCCUCACCUUGUUGCUCCUGUUCUUGCUUUCCUGCUCCACUUUCACAUCCAUAGAAGCGUACGAUGCGCUCGAUCCCAACGGGAAUGUCACAAUCAAGUGGGAUGUGAUAAGCUGGACUCCCGAUGGCUAUGUGGCUGUUGUGACUAUGUUCAACUUCCAGCAAUACCGACACAUACAAGCCCCUGGGUGGACCCUAGGCUGGACCUGGGCGAAGAAGGAGGUGAUAUGGACUAUGAUGGGAGGCCAAACCACGGAGCAAGGUGACUGCUCGAGGUACAAAGGCAACACCCCGCACUGCUGCAAGAAGGACCCGACUGUCGUGGACUUACUCCCUGGGACCCCUUACAAUCAGCAGAUUGCCAACUGCUGCAAAGGUGGGGUCAUCAGCUCCUGGGCCCAGGACCCGGCAAAUGCCGCGAGUUCAUUCCAGGUCAGCGUGGGAGCUGCAGGAACGAGCAACAAGACCGUGAGGCUACCCAAGAACUUCACCCUCAAGGCACCCGGACCCGGAUACACUUGCGGGCCUGCGAAGAUCGUGAAGCCCACAAAGUAUGUCUCUGCUGAUAAGAGGAGAGUGACUCAAGCUUUGAUGACUUGGAACGUUACGUGCACAUACUCACAGUUCUUGGCUCAGAAGACUCCUAGUUGUUGCGUCUCUCUCUCCUCUUUCUACAAUGACACUAUCGUGAAUUGCCCGACUUGCACCUGUGGGUGUAAGAACAAUGCAACAGACCCAGGAAGCUGCAUCGAUCCAAACACACCACACCUGCAGUCGGUUGUCUCGGGGGCACCUGGUAAUCAACCUCUUGUACAAUGCACAAGCCACAUGUGCCCCAUUCGAGUACAUUGGCAUGUCAAACUCAACUACAAAGAGUACUGGCGAGUGAAGAUCACGAUCACGAACUUCAAUUACCGAAUGAAUUACUCACAGUGGAAUCUAGUGGUCCAGCACCCAAACUUCGAUAAUCUCACAAAACUUUUCAGCUUCAAUUACAAGUCGCUCACUCCUUAUGCUGGCUUAAAUGAUACUGCUAUGCUGUGGGGAGUCAAGUUCUACAAUGACUUUCUCUCAGAGGCAGGGCCCUUCGGGAAUGUGCAGUCAGAGCUACUGUUCCAAAAGGACAAGUCAACUUUCACAUUCGAGAAAGGAUGGGCCUUCCCCCGAAGGAUUUACUUCAACGGCGACAACUGUGUGAUGCCACCUCCUGAUGCCUACCCAUGGCUGCCCAACUCCAGUCCUCAGCUUAAUGUCGCUAAACUAAUCCACUUCACACCAAUGUUGGCUUCUAUUCUGCUGCUAUUUCUUCACAUAUGAGGGUAUUUUUACUCGGGCUAAAUCCGAAGGUAUGCUCGAUCUACUGGAACACUCCAAGGGCUAAUUUCAUGUCACAGCUUUGGUUCGGACGUGUUGAUCUCUGCUACAUCAGGAUUCGGAAGGUACAAGAUUUUCAGGUGCAUUUACAGCUUAUUGAGUUUGCUUUCGAAUGUCUUAGUUAAUUUAUUUGUUCAGUUAGAUUUUGCUGUAGAAUUAUUACUCCA